AUGUGGUUUGAGCACUUACACCAAGUUAGUCUCAAUCGAAAAAAAGGUGCGAAAAAAGCUGCUUCCACUCGAUCCAAGAGAAAGGCAAAGGACAAGCAUCCAGUACCUGAUGAUGCAAAUGAGGACGUCUGUGCAUCAUGUGGCGAAUUAGAACCCCCAGAGGAAGAGGACAAAGACUGUACUUCGGCAGAGGUGCACUGGAUAGCAUGUGACGGCUGUCUCAGCUGGUACCACGUUCAAUGUUGUGGGCUAAUAGUUGCGAGAAU